GGGAGUCGCGGGGGACGGUGUUGCGGGGCGGACCUCCCCCUGCCCUUGAAGCCAGGUCUUCCCCGAGCGGCGCCGCUGCUGCUGCUGGGUCUGCGCGCCCUUGUCGCCGGCCUCCGCCAUGCCGUCGCCGCUGUACCUCCGGCUGCCAGACGAGGCUCGGUCGAUCCCGCCCCCGCGGCUGUUCAACAGGGGCUCGGUCUACCUGGGCUUCCUGGGCUGGAUCAGCGUCUUGCUGGAGAACGCCAUCAGACAGAGGCCCGUCCUGGGAACGGGUGGGUCGAGGCCAGCGGGAAGGGAGGGAGGGUUCCUGAGGAAAUGCACUCUGUGCAUGCUCAGGGGAGGGGUGGUUGGUGCCGGGGAAACCUCUCUGCGCACGCCCGGGUUUGAGGGGAUUCCCCCCAGGGGAAGAACUGUCUCCCUGGGCUGUGCAAAAGGGCAUCCAAGGAAAUCACUCUGUGCAUGGUCAGCGGGACCAACCUGCUUUAAAUAUUGGGGCGGGUGGGGGGAACCCAGGGCCGGGUUUAAGUUUGAUGAGGCCCUACGCUCCUGAAGGUAACGGGGCCCUUUAUAUGUCCAGCUGUCCUGUCAACAACAAAUUGUCGCUGUUUUUUGUGCUGAAUAUAUGCUACAUGGUAAUUUAUGGACCUCAUAGGUAUCGAAAGGCAUUUGCACAUAACAAAAUAUGUAUUUUAUAAAAGUAAUUGCUGAACUGAGAUACAAUUAAGAAGUAUAUUAAUAUAUGUCCAGCUUUCCUUUGUCAACAACAAAUUGUCACUGUUUUUUUGUGUUGAAUAUAUGCUAUAUGGUAAUUUAUGGACCUAAUAGGUAUCUCAAGCCAUUUGCACAGGUUGCCAUGCAACCAGUCCAUGCAGAAUGUAGGCACCCUAUAUAUAGAAAGGAGCAAACCAGUGAUAUUUUAGGGAGCAGGAUAGCAGGCGGGGCCCAUGACUUACAUCAUAGGAGCCUACACAACACAAAACACUCUUGCUGUAUGUAGGUUUUAUUUUAUUUGUUUUUUAUCUUAUCUUUUGGAAAUGUGCAUCCAGUUUUUUUUCCUUUAAUUUUUUGGGGGGCCCCCAAGAGAGUGAGGCCCUAAGCUACAGCUUCUUUAGUGUAUACGUAAAUCCGGCACUGGGGGAACCACACACAUAAACCCCAUUUGAAUGGCAGUGACCGUUAACUUCGGCCACCCUUAAAUAUUUAAUUAUGGGGGGGGGAUGGACAAAGACACCUCAGCCCCUUGGAGUUGGUUCCUAUGGUUCGAGUGGAGGUGGGUGCACAGGGGGGUCUCUGCCCUGCCUUGUGCUCACAACUCAGGGUUUGGUGCAAGAGAAAACGCAACUCUGCGCAUGCUUCAUGGAGGUUUCCGUUCAGCCUGUUAAACUGCUACCCCUGCUCUCCCUCAUUUCCCCCCUCUUUUUUCUUUGUCCUUUUCCAGGAGUCCAUCGCCAAGUCCUGGUCACAUCUCUUGGCUUCUAUCUAGGUUAUUACCUCUGUAAGCGAGCCAAUUACGAAUAUGCUUUAAAGGAUAGACAACUUUCAGAAUACAUAAGGCACCAUCCUGAGGACUUUAAGGAAAAAGGUACAUUUGUGAUAAGCUGUUGGGUAUGCGCCUCCGUUGCUCCCAUGGAUAUAUGAUGUGACAUCAGUACAACGGUAGCAGAGAUUUAAACCUCCUUGUCCCCACACAGUUGUAAGACUUUUUUCAGGUCCACUACAAGCAAGUCUUUCUUGCUGUUCAACAAUUAAGCAAGUGGCUUUUAACAGCCAAGUUCUACUGCACGAAAACGCCACAAGGGGGUGUAGGAAAGCAGUGCUUGCACAUAUACUGUAUAUGUUGUAUGCGCACCCCUAACCAUGGUUCUCAAAGUGUAUGAAAGGCCUCUCUAGGGAAGUAAAGACAGCCACGCUAGAGUGUUCAAAGCUGAUCCACCUCUCCCUGGAAAGUAAACAAACACCCCUUUGAGUGAACCAUACAUUAGAGUUCCAGCCCUUGUCAGUGGUUUGUAUAGAGUAAAUUGUACCUCCCUAUUUUUUCUGUAUGUGAAUGUGGCAGUGGAAGAUCCCAAAUCUCAGAGAGAAUGUGUUCUGUGAGGCUACUGUUCAGAAAUAUGUGAAAUAAGGCAGCUUUGGUGAAAGAGAGAGAGUUCUCUGCUGUCCAUCUUUCCAAAAAACCCAGAGCUAGUUCAUACAACAUACGUUUUUGAGGGCUGUAUUAGUUGUGCUAAAUAAAUUAUACUCUGCUUUUCUUCUCCACAAUGCUGUAGUAGUAGUAAUAAUAAUAAUAAUAAUAAUUAAUAAUCAUUUAUUUAUACCCCGCCCAUCUGGCUGGGUUUCCCCAGCCACUUGGUGCGGCUCCCAACAGAAUAAUAAUAAUAAUAAUAUAAUAAUAAUAAUAAUAAUAAUAAAUAAACCAACAAAACAUCAAACAUUAAAAACUUCCCUGAACAGGGCUGCCUUCAGAUGUCUUCUAAAAGUCAGAUAGUUGUUUAUUUCCUUUACAUCAGAAGGGAGGGCGUUCCACAGGGCAGGCGCCACCACCGAGAAGGCCCUCUGCCUGGUUCCCUGUGAUCUUACUUCUCGCAGGGAGGGAACCUCCAGAAGGUCCUCGGAGCUGGACCUCAGUGUCCGGGCAGAACGAUGGGGGUGGAGACGCUCCUUCAGGUGUUGCUCAUAGCGGCUUAAAAAUAUAAAAAGCAAGUAUCGAAACAACAAUGAUUAUCAAACAAAAUGACAAGUUGAUUAACAACAAAUUAUCAAACGAAAAGGAGCAAAGAACUAGACCUAGCACUCACAAUAUAGACAUUAAGAGCAACAUAAUGAAAAGCUUUCUAUAAAGAAUGAAUGUUUUUGAGUUGCUGGCAGAACACAAAACGUAGAGAAAGAUAACCAAACUCCUUGUCGGCAGGGAGUGGGUGGGUGGCACCACAGAGAAGGAAUGUUGUUUCCCGCUUUGUCCCCCUGCGCAGCAGCACGUGCAAUGGGGGCACAACCGCUAAACCUUUAAGGAUAGGUAGAUUUACAUAGGCUUUGCUUUCUUUCUUUCUUUCUUUCUUUCUUUCUUUCUUUCUUUCUUUCUUUCUUUCUUUGUUAUCCUGCUUACAAGUAGUCAGAUCUUCCUGGCUGCUUCUGCUGAUACUACUGUGACAUACCAUUCUUUGAUUUUAAAGGAUGGGGGGAGGCAGAAUAGAGUGACACAGUGACAGCUGCAAGCACAGGCCACAGUUCAACGUAAAGUAUACUUAAACUCAGUGAAAUUGAAGGAUUUAAGCACAUAUGUCUCCGUCAGGGUUUUAAUAGCUGAGACACCUCGUCUUAGAAUGUCAGGAGAAGAUAAGGCACACUCCAUCAGUUCUGUGAUAUGUGAAUGUUUGAUGUCAUGCAGCCUUAGUGCUUCAGAAUACCACAGAGCCAUCUCCAUUGCCGGUUUGGACCUCAGAGCAUCAAGUCAGGCUGUGUGGAAUCCUUUCCCUCUUUAAGAAGCGGAGAGAGCGGCUGAGGAAUGUGUCAGCUGGAGGAGAAGGAGCAAGAACAAAUUUCCAUUGGAUGCCUUGUCUCGGGGCUCUUAACUGUAUGCCCCAUAUGUUAUGCGUCCCAACCGCAUCCCUGACUUCUAGACUUGCAGUUGGUUGUGUAGAAGCUGUCCUGAAUCUCCUGCCAAGUAAUCACAUCAGGGGUCAGCAACCUUUUUCAGCUGUGGACCUGUCCACCGUCCCUCAGACCAUGUGGUGGGCUGGACUAUAUUGUGGGGGGGAGAACUAAUUCCUAUGCCCCACAAAUAACCCAGAGGUGCAUUUUAACUAAAAGGACACAUUCUACUCAUGUAAAAGCACCAGGCAGGCCCCACAAAUAAGCCAGAGAUGCAUUUUAAAUAAAAGGACACAUUCUAGUCAUGUAAAAACACGCUGAUUCCCGGACCGUCCACAGGCCGGAUUGAGAAGACGAUUGAGAAGACCCACGGGCCUUAGGUUGCCUACCCCUGCAUCACAUGCUCACUUCAGACCAUUGCUUUGGUCAGUUGCGGUGGCCCAGUGGGACCUCCCAGUUCAGAGAGAAUAUGCCAUUAAAUGCUAGUUGCUAGAGAGGAAGCAACAAUAAGGGAGAGCUAUUGCCUUCAUGCCCUGCCUAUCCUAUGAACUUCUCCCCAGAGGCAUUUGAUUGGUCUCCAAAAAGAGGGCCAGACAAGAUGAACCUUAGGUCUGCUCCAGCAACGCUCUCCCUGUGUAGAUCCUGAUUGCAGAAUUUGGGUUCCUGGUCCGUUUUGUCAUUCUGCAUGAUUUUUGAGGUUUGCAUUUGCUUGGGGGCAGGAUAGUCCUUGCCUUAUUUUCUCUGAAAUCUUUUUCUCGUUAAUUGUAAUGCGAACUGGCUUUUUUAAACAGCGUUUCUUCUUUCUUUUUUUUUUUGAUAGAGAAGAAACGCAUGGCAGAAGUUCUGGAGAAUUUCCAUCCAAUUCGCUGAAGACCUUGCAAGCAGUUGGUGUCUCACUCGUUGCUUUGUUAUCCCACGAGUAAUCUGUCGAGCGUGGGAUAUGUGCAUAACCUAUGUCAGUAGUUGAGAUGAAAUGCUUGUUUCAGACACUUGGACCUUUAAUCUUAUCAUUAAAGCUAUGACUAAGUAAUGUGUGUUUUUAUUGUCACAAGGUAGUUUGGAAUCAGGUUUAGGUAGUUUGGAAUCAGGUUUAAUUAACAAAUGGGAUUGAAUGAUAUGGCAAUAGUUGCUGCUUUGGGGCCAAGCUAAGAUGUGACACUAUAUUAUUUCUAACAUGGCUACUAGUCAUGAGGGGUAUUUCCAGGCUCAUAGGGAGUACUAUAUAUUAUUUAUUAAUACGUUUAUAUCCCAUCUUUCCUCUUAAGAAACUCAAUUUGGUGUACA